AUACACAAAUGGUCACAUACAUAUUGGGGCCUACCGAGAUGGGUACUGUUCUUACAGCAAUAUCACAUAGUAUUGCCGCGAAAGCAUCACCGUAUUCAUCAUGUAGCACCGCAUGAGACGUAUUUCUGUAUAACCACAGGCUGGUUAAAUUGGCCGUUGGAGAAAAUAAGAUUUUGGCCAACUUUGGAAGCAGUUAUCGAGUAUUCAACAGGCUGUAAGGCACGCGAUGAUGAUCUUAAAUGGGCCAAAAAAAUGACAUAACUGUAUUAUGAGCUUUCAUACUUUGGAUCUUCAUUUUGCAUAAGUAUAUUUGAAACAAAUAAUGCAUAUGUAACAGUAUGUACGUACAAAUGUACAUUCACAGAGUUUCCUCAAACUUAUAAAUUUUUUCAUUGAAAUCUUAGAUCAUUUUUAUUAAGCUGAAUGUACAAAUGCUGAAUAUACCUACAUAUAUACAAAAAUUACAAAAAGGCAUAAAUUUGGCUUUUUAAGGUAUUUUCAAAACUUAUACACUCACACAUACAUUUAUUUUCACGGAAACUCGUGAAUAUUGUGAAAACAUCAACAAAUUAAAUUAUUAACAAAUAUCACAAGCUAUUAAUUUAAGUAAACACUCUAAGCUUUUUUACAAUUAUACACCACAUAGCGCUUAAUUAAAUGAAUAUAUCAUUUAUUAACAUUUUAAUUCUAAGCUUUUAAGAAACUAUUGGUCAAUUGUUUAAAAAAAAAACCAGUAAAGUACUUUUUACUCCAAAACAACAAAUUCAACAUUCCUUUUUGUAUUGUAAUGAGCUAAUUUUUAUUCAUACAUUUGUAUGGUAUAUGUACAAUAUAUCGCAGCCGCAAAAACCGAAUGGCUAGCAUUACGUACUAACAUUCGAGAGGUCAGGUUUCGAAGGUAUUUUUGACAUGAAACAAAAAAUUGUCAUAAAAAUACAUUGGCACUUCGGAGGCGGUUUAGAAUAGGUUUUUCUCAUUUGCUGGUAAAACAUCCAGACGCACACCACAAAUUAGAUGCUUUAUGAUUAAUAUUAGUUUCCAAAAAAAAAACUAAAUUUUAUUGGCUUACUAUAAUUUUAUUAUUCAUAUGCAGUUUGGGUGAGUUCCAAAACGUCAAAAUAAAUACUUAGUAAUGAUACCACAUCACUACAAUGCAACCCUGCAUUCUAUAAAUUUACAAAAAUUUAUUAUAUGCAUAAAUAUUUUAUUUAAUUUUCAAACUCUGACAUUUUCGAGCGCUUUUCGUGCAAAUAAGUUGCUAUUCGGUGAAAUGGCUAAAAGAUAAGACAGAUAAAAAAAAAAAUGAGUAAUAUAAUAUGUUAAAAAAAAUUAACGCAAAAAGCUUCAAUUACUCAUCAAUUACUUUACCAAUACAUUUUGAAACAUGCAACAUCGCUUGCUCAGUUGAAUUUAGGCUGCAACUACCCAUUUCACUUACCAGCCG